UCCGUGUUUACACACCAACGAAAAAGGAGGGGACUAGCAGCGCAAAGUAUGCUCGCGGAGCAAGCAUAGAGCGGUGGUGAGGAAAGUGACGGUGUCACAGCAUAGGCUCACUAUAUGGUAAAGAAGAGGUAACUUAUUCUAGGUUUCAAAAUUGCGUUUUACAGCGGAAUGUUCACUCGAAGGGGCCAUGGAGACGUCAAGAAAUCUACACAGAAAGUUCUGGACCCAAAGAAGGAUGUAUUGACCCGACUGAAGCACCUCCGGUCACUGUUAGAUAUCAUUGAGAAGAGUGAAUUGAAGACCUUCUUCGAAAGCAACUGUUCGCAGAUUUAUUUUAUCUUCUAUGAAAAUUUCAUUACACUGGAAAGUAACUUAAAGCAAAAAGGYAACAAAUCUCAGAGGGAGGAGCUGGACUCGAUCCUCUUUAUUUUUGAAAAAAUUCUGCAACUUCUACCAGAACGAAUCUACAGUCGAUGGCAGUUCCACAGUAUAGGUUCUAUUCUGAAAAAGCUUUUGCACACUGGAAACUCGUUCAAGAUCAGAUGUGAGGGAAUUCGUCUGUUCCUGCUGUGGCUGCAGGCCCUGCAGAAUAACUGUGCAGAGGAGCAGUUCCUCAUCUUCGCCUGCCUGGUGCCAGGCUUCCCUGCCGUGCCCUCCACCAGAGGACCCUGUACCCUGGAUACCAUCAUCUACAACCCUUUCUCCAACCCGCCUGAUGCCAAGGUGGUGCCUGAGGAGAUUACCCCGCUGGUGCCAGCUGUGCCAGGGGAGAAGCUGGCAGACGACCAGACCUGCUACAUCCUCCAAACCCUGCUCAAGUUUAUGGUUGUCCAGGCAUCCAGUUUAGAGUGGAAGAACAAAGACAACCAGGACACCGGCUUCAGGUUUCUCUUCAGUCUGUUCAAGAAGUACUACCUUCCUCACCUCUUCCCUUCCUUCACCAAGCUCACCAACCUUUACAAGCCGCUUUUAGACCUCCCCCACCACAGACCAAAGCCUCUGUAUGUCCCAGUGACCCGUAACAACGAGAGCACGUUCUGUACGAGAGACCAGUACCUGGCUCCCCGUGUGGCCUUCAUCACCUGGCUGGUCACCUUCUUCCUGGAGAAGAAGUAUGUCAGCACCYCCACCCCCAGCGCCAAGAARGGCACUAACGAGGUCAUCCCCAAACUCAUCCAGACUGUCACUGCAGGCAGUAGCAGUCAGGAGAAGGAUAAAGACCGUGGUGGCGAGGGGGAGCCCAACGGCCCCACAGAGCCAGAGAAGAGCCACUCUAACAGUAGCACGCUGUCUGACCGGCGCCCCAGRGACUCCAGCCUGUGCAGCAUCGACGAGGAGCACCGCAGCGUCUACGACAUGGUGCACGCCAUCCUACUCUCCACACGGGACAACAUCAACUUCGUCAACGAGGUCUUUCACCAGGCUUUCCUGUUGCCCUCCUGUGAGGCGUCAGCGACCCGGAAGGUGAUCAAGGUGUACAGGAAGUGGAUCCUGCAGGAGAAGCCAGGCUUCAUGACGGAGCCGGAGAAGAGCAGACAGGCCGAGGUGGAGGAGAACCCAGAGCAGCUGCUCAUCACUGAGACCGAUAGCACACACACACAGGCGUUGGAAAGUCAUGGUCACAAGCGCUCGUCCAGUUGGGGCAGAACAUACUCCUUCAGCAGUGCCAUCAGCCGGGGCUGUCUCACUGAGGAACAGAACAGAGAUAUCAAGGCUGGCAUCCAGCCCACCCUGCAGGUGUUCCUGACCAACUCGGCCAACGUGUUUCUGCUGGAGCCGUGCCAGGACGUGGCCAAACUACUGGACAACCAGGUGGAGGUGUGCAAAGGGGUGCUGAGCAUCUACCGCCACGUGAUCAUGGAGCACGCCAUGAACACACAGACAUGGGAGCAGAUGCUACAGGUGCUGCUGAGGAUCACUGAGUCGGUGAUGAAGAGGCCUCAGGAGAACCAAAGAAAAGACAUCUUUGCUGAGAGCCUGGCUGCCAUCCUUUUCCGGACGAUCAUCGUGGCGUGGGUACGGGCCAACCUGUGUGUGUUCAUCUCUCGGGAGCUGUGGGACGAGCUGCUGUCUGUGCUGUCGUCUCUGACAGGCUGGGAGGAGCUGGUGACCGAGUGGGCCAGCAUCAUGGAUUCUCUGACCGCGGUCCUGGCCCGCUCCGUUUACGGACUGGACAUGAGCAACCUGCCCCUGGACAAACUCAGCGAACAGAAGGAGAAGAAACAGAGGGGACGGGGGGUGAUCCAGGACUCCCAGAAGGCAGCAGCGGUGGCCAGGUCCUUCUCUUUGAGCUGGAGGAACCAGGGAGARCAGCAGGGGGUCCAGGAGCCCAUGAGGUUCCGCAGCGCUACCACCUCAGGGGCCCCCGGCGUGGAGAAGGCACGCAACAACGUACGACAGAAAGCCACAGCUAAGCGAAGCCAGUCUAUCAGCAGCUGUGUCCAUCUUUACGAGGCUCUGCCCGCUACUAAAAGCGUUCCUAUGCUGCUUCACACUGUGAGCUCUUUCUUGCCUGGUCUCUCCUCCUCUUCRGGUAACUCUUGCUCUCACAGGCUUUCAGAUGUGGAGGAGGGCCAGCUGUCUGAGUGUGGGGGAGACGGGGAGCUGGAGGCUGGAGACAGCCCUCUACCACGCAGCAGCAGCACCUCCGACAUCACACAGCAACUGACUGACACCUUCCCAGGCCACAAGAGGGAGUACUCCCCCAACAACUCCUGUGGCUCCGAUGGCAGGGCGUCGGAAGCGAGGACAGACGGCGACCCGCCAGUGAUUCUGAUCCGGAGGAGCAGCAGUCCGGCCGAGCUGGACUACUCUGUAGAGGGACACAACUAUGCAAGGCCCACGCUCCAGGAAAAAAGUGUGAGUGUGAGCAGCGAGACGUCCAACGGCUACUUGAACGACGCUGACGGCAGCCUGCUGGCCUGGCAGGCCUUUGAGGAGGAGGCAGACACUCAGUCAGCCCAGAUAGAUGUCACAGCAGACACAGGGAGCCAGAGGAACCUGCUGCUCAGCCACAAUGAGGCCCUGGCAGACAGCCGUGAGUGUCUGACUGAUGAUGUCAGCAUCAUCGCAGGCGGGAGCCUGACCGGCUGGCACGCUGACUCCGCCUUUGUGCUCUGGAGAAGGAUUCUGGGUAUCCUGGGGGACGUCAACAGCAUCCGCUGCCCCAGGAUCCACGCCAAGAUGUUCAGUUACCUCUACGACCUCUGGCACAAACUGGCUAAGAUCCGGGACAACCUGGGCAUCAGUGUGGAUAACCAGUCAUCUCCUCCCCGGCCUGUCUUCAUCCCUCCUCUCAGAAUGCUGGCCUCCUGGCUCUUCAAGGCCACCAUGCUGCCUGCAGAGUUCAAGGCGGGUAAGCUGCAGGCCUAUAAACUKAUCUGUGAGAUGAUGACCAGGAACCAGGACGUGCUGCCCAACAGUGACUUCCUGGUCCAUCUCUACCACGUCAUGCACAAGGGCUUCACCAGCGUGGACCAGGACGUUCUGAACACGGUGAUCCGUUCCUUUUCCCCGCGCUUCUUCUUCCUGGGCCUGCCUGGCUUCACCAUGCUGGUGGGAGACUUCAUCACCGCUGCAGCACGCGUCCUCAGCAACGACUCCUCCGAGGCUCCGAGGAUAGAAGCACAGACCGUCCUUGGGUCGCUGGUCUGUUUUCCCAACCUUUACCUGCAGAUUCCACUACUGCAGACCGUUCCCGGAACUGAUGACAUCGUCGUCGGGAACGAGGACAUCAAGGACUAUCUGGUCAACGUCUUACUGAAGACGGCACGGAAUGAACCCUAUGAAGCGGCCAGGUGUAUAGCUGUAUGUAGUCUGGGCCUGUGGGUAUGUGAGGAGCUGAUGCAGCAGAAUAUUCACCACCAGGUUGUGGAUGCCAUCAAUGUUCUGGGCGUAACACUAAAGUUUGGGAACAAAGCUGUGGCUCAGGUAGCCUGUGACCUGUUCCAGCUCCUCAUCUCUCACUGGGAACACCUCCAGAGGCUAGAGCGCUCUCUCCCAAAGAAAAUCAUUGAGAUCUUUGUGGCCACUAUAGCAUUUCUGUUGCCGAGCGCAGAGCACUCGACGGUGGAGGCUGACAAAAAGCUAAUGGUGUCUUUGCUGCUGUGCCUGCUGGACUGGUGCAUGGCCAUGCCCCUGACUAUGCUGCUGGAGCCCAUCACCAUGCCCGUGCUGGAGGACCCCACAUCCCACAAGGCCCCUCUGCUCGACUACAUCUACAGGGUGCUACACUGCUGUGUCUCUGGCUCCAACCUGCACACCCAGCAGAGCCACUACCUCCUGAGUCUGUCUGACCUCUCCACUGACUACGACCCCUUCCUCAUGCUGGGCCAGGUCCAGAGCUCAGAGCCCCUUCUCUCGCACACCACUGCAGACUUGGGCAGCCUGCUCACCGUGGCCGAGGAGAAGAAAAGGCGGAACGUGGAGCUGAUCCCUCUGACGGCACGGAUGAUCAUGACCCACCUUGUGAACCACCUGGGCCACCAUCCCCUCAGUGGUGGUCCCGCCCUCCUACACAGCCUGGUCAGUGAGAACCACGACAACCCCUUUGUGGAGUCKUCAGAGCUCUCCUCUGAGGUGUUCAAGAGCCCCAACCUGCAGCUGUUUGUGUUCAACGACAGCACCCUGGUGUCUUACCUUCAGGUGCCCUCAGAGCCCUCUGGUCCAGGGGAACCCCACGACAACUCCUCCCAGGUACGCAUCAUCGUCAGGGACAUCUCUGGAAAGUACUCCUGGGACGGAGGGGUUCUCUACCGCACCCAGGAGGAAGUCAAUGGGAUGCAUCAGGCGAGUGAAAACUCCUCCAACCACUCCACCACCAAGCCCACCUCGCCGGGGACUUCUGAGCGCUCCUACCCCCCAGGCUGGGACUCCCAGUCAGGCUGUGAGGAGGUGGAUGUCCUGGACCAACUCCUGGAGGAACUUGGCAACAGCAGCCCUGAGUGCCUGCCCCAGCCCCUGCUGAGGCUCAACCAGCCAGCCCCCUCUCCCUGUGGGAUGAACCUGGAGCUGGAGGGGGCCAUUGUGGAGGCCAUCCUCAGGCAGACACAGCAGGAAGAAGAGCAGGUGAAGAGGUGGAAUGCAGACGUGAGCGUCAAGGCCGCCAGCCAGAAAGAACCCACUCCACAGGAGCCCAAAGCCCCUUUCUACUUCUGCAGACUGCUACUCAACGACCUGGGCAUGAACUCAUGGGACCACAGGAAAAGCUUUCAUCUCCUGAAGAAGAACUCUAAACUCUUGAGAGAAUUGAAGAAUUUGGAUUCCAGGCAGUGCAGAGAGACGCACAAGAUCGCUGUGUUCUACAUCAGAGAGGGUCAGGAAGAUAAGUGCUCCAUCCUGUCCAACAGCGCAGGCAGCCAGGCCUACGAAGACUUUGUGUCUGGCCUGGGAUGGGAGGUUGAUCUAGCCACACACUGUGGCUUCAUGGGAGGGCUUCAGAGGAACGGCAGCACAGGACACACUGCUCCCUACUACGCUACCUCCACGGUGGAAGUCAUCUUGCAUGUGUCCACACGCAUGCCGUCCAACUCGGACGACUGCCUCACCAAAAAGCUGCGUCACCUGGGCAACGACGAGGUUCACAUAGUGUGGUCGGAGCACAGCAGGGACUACCGACGCGGCAUCAUCCCCACUGACUUUGGAGACGUGCUGAUCAUCGUGUACCCCAUGAAGAACCACACGUUCUUCAUCCAGAUCAUGAAGAAACCACAGGUCCCCUUCUUUGGGCCUCUUUUCAACGGCGCCAUCGUCACAGGAAUGUUGCUGCCCAGCCUUGUGCGUGCCACCUGCAUCAACGCCAGCAGAGCUGUCAAGUCCCGCCUGACGCUUUACCAGAGCUUCUAUGAGGAGCGGGCGCUGUACCUGGAGGCCAUCGUGCAGAACCACCGAGAGGUCAUGACCUUUGAGGACUUUGCCUCGCAGGUCUUCUCCCCUUCACCCAGCUACUACCCAAUGAGUGGGACAGGCUCUCUCAGCGGCAGCACGAGUGCUGAGCUCAGUGUUUCUUUAGGAACGGACCAGGCGGACCAGGUCUCCCCCACGAUUCCCCGUGCCACAAAGAACAGAGUUUCCGGAAAACUCCGCCGAUCAGCCAGCGCCAUAAGCAAAUCUUCCAACUGAGCACUCUCGCCCGACCCACCUCCCAAACCUCCCCCGCUUCGUCUUUACUACAGGUCCUGCUGUGAAACCUCAUACCUAACCCCUCAUGACUGCAGUUUGGGUGUGUGCGUUGUUUGUUUUAUAUCUCGUUUAAACAUAUAACUGGAGCAUAUUGCAAUUUUUUAUUUAUGUGGCAGUUAUUGAUACUUUGAUACAUUUCCAAUUGUUUUACUGUUAAACUGCAUAUUUGACCUGAAGAAGAGAUUGAAGUUUGUUCCGAUGUUGCUGCAUUUUCUGAAAGAAUCUGAUUAAUAUCACUUGUCAGUACAGCGAAUAAAUAUGGACAGGGAAUUGACUGAACAAUCAUGUCUGGUGGCUUAAAGUCCACAUAUCAUCAACAUUUCAAAAUUCCCUUUCUAUGUCACAACAAGGAUCUCUAUGGUGACAUAGAAAAGGAAUAUGAUCACCCAUAUGCAUUUUGGUAAGGGUCUUUCCACAAAAUGAGUUCCUUUUGUACCCCUUUSAUAUUUUUAAGUAGAAAUUGUGCACCAAUAUUGAAUUUUAAAAGCCUCUUAUAUUAAAUGAAGUGCUCUUUAAAAGACUCCACGUGGAGAAUUCAAUAAAUCUGUUUUUCUUUCAUGAAUAAAGACUUGCUGAAGUGCCAAAAUGCAGCGUUUUGACAUUUCCCUCUGUGACUUUUCGGAAGAUGUUAACCCACUUAACCCCCAAAUUCCUCCAAGUUUUCACCAUCAUUGUAAAGCCCUAGUUAUUUUCUUGCUUUAACAAAGUCAUUUUUGCUAUUUCAUGUGAUUAAUUUUAAGUAAGAAAAAAACAUUAACAUUUUAAGGUCAAUUCUACUAUGAUCUGAACUUUUAAUAUAGUGUACUAGUAAUCAUUUUUUCAGAAGAAACGUUGAACAUAUCAUAGUGUAAAAGCAGGUUCUUGAUGAGCUGGUUCUCUUUUUGCCCAUUUUCUGGUGUUUUGUGGUGGAGAACUGAGCGGGUCGAGCAUUACACAUUWACCCUGUUACUCAUAGAUAGACAGGCUAUAAAUGUUUUUUYUUUUAUUUCUAAAAUGGUGAAGCUGCAUUCAAUUGCCCCUCCCUGUCCCUGAACACAAGCUUCCAAUCCCUCUGUCGCAAGGGGAAUUAUGGCUGAUUUAAGAAUUAUUAUU